AUGUUGUUCAAAGCUGGCCUGACCCUCUGCACCCUCGGGGCACUCUGCUCCACCGUGGUAGCAGAGUCCUGCACCAUUUCCUCAGGCGUUGCGGGUGAAUGCCUCGCAACCUCAGAAUGCUCCGGCACGUCGACCGCAGGGUUCUGCCCAGGAGCCGCGAAUAUCCAGUGCUGCACCUACGGCAGCUGCACAUCCGGAGGCGCGGCCGGCCUGUGUAUCCCGACCUCUGGUUGCACUGGGACUUCUACAGCGGGCCUGUGUCCGGGACCGGCGGGCAUCCAAUGCUGCACGUCCGGAACUAGCAGCAGUUGCGAUCCCCAGCCAAUUAACGCGGCUACCGUGAGCUUGAUCAGGGAGUUUGAAGGCUUCGUUGCUAGCCCGGAGCCGGAUCCGAUCGGGUUGCCGACCGUCGGCUAUGGUCACCUGUGCCAAUCGGACGGGUGUGCGGAAGUGUCGUAUUCCUUCCCCCUGACUGAAGAGAAUGCGGCAGCACUGUUGCACAGCGACGUGAAGACUUUCGAGGACUGUGUCUACGACUACCUCGGCGCUUCGAUAACCCUGAACGACAACCAGUUCGGAGCGAUCGUCUCGCUGGCCUUCAACGUCGGGUGCGGCAACGUCAAGUCGUCCUCGCUCAUCAGCCGACUUAAUGCGGGCGAGACGCCCAACACGGUCGCGGCAGAGGAGUUCCCUAAGUGGAAUAAGGCGGGAGGAUCCGUCCUGGCGGGCUUGACCCGGCGACGCGCCGCGGAGGUCGUGCUGUUCAAGACCGCGAGCGAUGUCACCGCGCACCCGGCGUGUUAA